AUGGCUUUCGGGGUUUCAAAUUCAUUCAAAAGAGGCACGGUAAAGACCUAUUCAAGGCAACGAGCGCGCCUCGAAACCAGCUAUGAUGCCGAGCGCCCUCGGAAGAAGAUAAGAAUGGGUGUAACCGGCACCAUCAUAGAGCAGAAUUUCAACAGUCAUCUGUACGCAGAGGAGCCGGCCGAAAGCCAUCUCCCCGACGAAGUAAGCGCCGCCGCCAAAGCACACACAGAGACCAGAGAAGAUGCUUCUCGAGAAGAACCAGCUUCCUCUAUCACCGCACCCUCGAGUCCGCCAGCCGCAGAAAAUGCCUUGUUCUCCUCAGACGCGCUGCAAGACGACUCAGAACUCUCAUCCGCGCCUUCAUCUCCGCCUCGUCUUCCAUCGCCUAUACCAGCCUCACGAAAGCCUGCAUUCUCUUUUCUUAAGCGCAAACGCCCUGCUCUCGAUGAGGGCUCCGCGAGCGAACCGCUGUCCGACAUCACGCCUAAUGCUCGCAAGCUACCGCGGCUAGCGAAAAAGCCCCUAACGCAGAUGCAGAUUGAUCUUGGUGGUGAAGUAAGAAAGACGUGUCGAACAUGCGGAAUGGAGUAUAUUCCAUCUGUGAAAGAGGACGCGGCGUUGCACAGCAAGUUCUGCGCCUUGAACGUAGGAGGCGUAGACAUGGGCAAGGCGUUUGCGAAGGACGACAGCGUAAAAAGAAUACGGUCAGAGAGGGCAAGAGAAGAUGAAAGGGAGAUGGUCGUAACGGUAGAUCGGAAAAGCUCUAUAGCAGCAAGAAAUAGGACCAGGAAAGUGUUGGAUGUUGUGAAUGCUGAGCUUUCUGCCACAGAUAUUGAUGAUCAACACCUCUGGUGCGCGUUGAACCCCGAGCAAAAGAUCAUAGAGACACGGAAAAGCAGCAGCGAAGGCGGAGACAGAAGAGGGGACCGUUUCAAAGCGUUUCUCUAUUUGGUGCACGACAAGUGCGUUGGCUUCUGUCUGGCUGAGAAGAUCAGCAGCGCAUUUGGAGUGGUGGAUGGGUGCGCUGCCGGAGAAGAGGGCACCAAAGUCAUAACGACAUCCAAGAGCUCAUCCAUAUCAGUGUCGACCUCAGCUGAUAUCGCCCUGCUUGGUAUUUGUCGGAUAUGGACUUCGAAAGCAUAUCGUGGGAAGGGGUUGGCCGUGGAUCUGCUGGAAUGUGCAAGAAACAAUUUCUUUUACGGGGUUGAAGCGCCGAAGGAUCUCGUGGCCUUCAGCCAGCCAACGGAAAGCGGAGGGAGGUUGGCGGAAAGGUGGUUCGGAGCAGAGAUAGGAUGGCAUAUCUAUCGAGGAGACGAAUAG